AGCAAGCCAACGUCACAACAAAAUCCCGGAAGUGUCAGUCUGAAAACAGACCCGUCGCCGUUAGCUAGCUGAGUGUUUCAAAAUCUAUUUGCUAAAUCGUCGCAUUUUAAACAGUUUAUACAAACGAAAUAUUUAUCUUUUAGAAAAUGGGAACCAGAGAUGAUGAAUACGAUUAUCUGUUUAAAGUGGUUCUGAUAGGAGACUCGGGUGUUGGCAAGAGCAACCUGCUCUCUCGUUUCACCCGGAAUGAGUUUAACCUGGAAAGUAAGAGCACCAUUGGAGUGGAGUUUGCCACCCGCAGUAUCCAGGUGGAUGGGAAAACGGUGAAGGCUCAGAUCUGGGACACUGCAGGACAGGAGCGCUACCGGGCUAUCACCUCGGCGUACUACAGAGGCGCGGUGGGGGCCCUGCUGGUCUAUGACAUCGCCUUAGGGCACCUGACCUAUGAAAAUGUGGAGCGGUGGCUGAAAGAGCUGAGAGACCAUGCGGACACCAACAUCGUCAUCAUGCUGGUUGGCAACAAGAGUGACCUGCGUCACCUCCGGGCCGUGCCCACCGACGAGGCUCGGGCCUUCGCAGAGAAAAACGGUUUGUCUUUCCUUGAGACGUCAGCCCUGGAUUCCACCAACGUUGAAACGGCUUUCCAGACCAUUCUGACAGAAAUCUAUCGUAUCGUCUCUCAGAAGCAGAUGUCAGAGCGUCAGGAGAGCGACAUGUCUCCUAGCAACAAUGUGGUCAACAUCCAGGUGCAGCCCACUGAGAACAAACCAAAGAUGCAGUGCUGUCAGAACAUCUAGCCCCGCCCAUGUUACCACUACACCUCUACCCCCUUAUAUACCCUGUACCCCCACCUCUACUCCCUUAUAUACCCUGUACCCCCACCUCUACCCCCUCAUAUACCCUGUACCCCCACCUCUACCCCCUCAUAUACCCUGUACCCCCACCUCUACUCCCUCAUAUACCCUGUACCCCCACCUCUACUCCCUUAUAUACCCUGUACCCCCACCUCUACCCCCUCAUAUACCCUUUAGAACCAAUUAAAUGGUCUCUCAAAUGUGUGAGUUUGGCCCACCCGGCUCUCAGGGUGAGGUUAACCAGAUGCACUCACUUACUCUCAUAGGAGUAGUGCCCUCCUCCAUUCUCUCCUCUCUCUCCCCACUCCCUCUCUCCUCCUCUCCCUCCACUCCCACUCCCUCUCCUCUCCCCACUCCCUCUCUCCUCCCCUCCCUCCCUCCCCCAA